CAUGGCAGGGGAGUGAUGAGAUACAAAGACGGCACAAUGUAUGAAGGCGAGUGGGACAACGGCAUAUACUCUGGACACGGAAAGUACACCACAAAAACAGCCGAGUAUGUCGGCAUGUGGUCCAGAGGCGUCAAGGCCGGCCACGGAAAACAGAUGACAAGUGAUGGCCGGUUAUAUGACGGCUGGUUUGAAGCCGGUAAAAAGUCUGGAGCCGGCACGCAGAAGAAUAGCAAAACUGGUACCAGUUACUCGGGCCAGUGGAAGAAUAACUUGCCAUUUGGGAAAGGUAUCUGGCGUUGGACAAACGGAGAUUGGAUGGAGGGAACCUGGAACAGCAACCAAGCCAGCGGAAAGGGAAAGACGUUGCGUCACUUUGGUAAUGGGGCACUUUAUGAAGGAGAGACACAAGAUGGGAAAUUUACAGGCAGAGGGAAGAUUACUUACAAGGAUGGGGGAGUAUAUCGGGGACCAUGCUUCAACGGCAUGAGGCAUGGUGCUGGAUCUUACAAGUCAAGCGACGGGAUGCUAUACGAGGGAACUUGG